AUGGGCAAGUACAGCGCGAGAGCGAGAGCAGAAGCAGGGUUCAAAGCCAGACACUUUGGCGUGCUAUGGAUCAUCCGCGCAGUAGCCCCUCAAAUUCAACGCAGCCAAACAAACCCCAGGACGAUCGAUUUAUUUCUGGGCAAGGGCACACGCGAUAGAUGCCGGCCGGACCUUAUAGGCGACUUUCCAUCUCGAGUCCUGCUGUUCCCCUCGUCUCACCCCUCUCUCGACACUCCGCUCGCAACAAAUCCCCUCAAGGUGUACGGUACGCACAACUCGUACCAUCGGCGCACGAACAUUCCUGGGUUGGGCAAGUUUUGGAAGUACGAGUUCCCUUCCAUCCCUGCGCAGCUGGAUGCCGGGGUGCGCCACCUGGAGUUAGACGUCCACUACGAUUGGAAGACCGGCAGGUGA